AUGCGCUCCUACCUGGUCACUGGCUGUUCUCGAGGGAUCGGUCUCGAGUUAACAUGUCAACUGGCCAAUUCUAAUGAUGACAUUGUUAUCUUUGCUUCCGCUCGAUCCUUCAAUAACCCCAAGUUCCAGGAACUCUUGCGCCGACAUCCGGAGCGCGUUGUAUAUGUGCCCCUUGAUGUGGCGGAUCAAGGCAGCAUCAAGAAUGCUGUAGACAUCAUCACUUCAAACCUGGACGGCAAAGGGUUGGAUGUACUUAUCAACAAUGCUGGUGUUAUGAGCAAUGGACCGGCUGAAGAGAUGGAUGACCUAGAAGAGGUGUUUCGCACUAAUGUUAUUGGUGUGCAUAAUUUCACAAGGGCGGUCUUGCCUUUGAUGAGGAAGGGAAAAGAGAAAAAGGUCCUUAACAUCUCUACUACGCUUGGUUCCAUUUCGAAGCAGUUCAUCAAUCAUGCUGUCACAGUCCCUUCUUACAAGAUUACGAAAUCUGCAUUGAACAUGCUUACAGUUCUCUACGCCAAUAAGACGCCAAUGAACUGGAGAAUAAAGCAUUCACAGUAUUCUGUGUUAGCCCAGGUAAUUGGCUGGGAUGGCAACGGUCGUUUCUUCAACGUUCACGUACCCGGGUGGGAGAAUGUGCUGGGCCUUAACCAGUAUGAUGGAAAGGAGGUGCCGUGGUAG